UGUGUGGCAGAGAGAAUGGGCUCUUUUUAAAACCUUGUGUGAUCUUUACGUCUGUUCACUCUGUAAAAAGGGCUGCAGGACAAGGAGUGCCAAUCACAAGAAAAGCCCACAGACACCUGGAGCUUCCAGAGUCCAGAUCGGUGCCCACAGACGGAGCCGUCAGCGUAAAAUAAACACAAGUAGGAGUGGAAGACGUCCAGUCAUGGCUGAACGGAGGAGUCUCUGUGGUGUUUGGAUCGGCACACUGCUGCUCGUGAUGCUGCUGCCUGCAUUCUUGUCUGCUGGACCAAUUGCACAAAAGUCCAAAGGAGAUGUGGGGGAAAGUAUCAAGGAGAAGGCAGCUGCGGCAGAGUCGCACAGGAGGCUGAUCAGGAACCGCAGGAACAUCAGCUGGUACAAACAGCACUCUGAUUUCUGGGCCUGGUACAAGUACUUCACUGACAACAGCAAUCAGGAGGCAGUGCAGGAAAUGGAUCGUAUCUACCUGGCUUAUCUCCAGAACAAGAACCGUGCUGAGGCUCGCCGCUCCUACAAGGCCUACCUGCGCCACCUGGGGGAGAUCUACAAGUCCUGCGCUGACUCUGAUAACCCCAACUGUGUGGAGUCAUAUACAUCCAGGUCCAAACCUAAAGCAGAGCUCCCCAAACCAGCACCAGUAAAAACCUGUGACCCCACGAAGGACCCACACUGCCUGUAUAUGGCUUUAGCCCAGGGUAAAAGCCCCUACAUGCCCCUGGUGCUUCAAGCUUCUCCUGCAGCACCGGUCAAGGCCCCCGCUCCUUUGUAUGUUCGUGCUGCCGCUGCUUCGGUUAAAGACCCACAGUCUGGUUAUCACUACUACUCUCCAUCUGGGGUGUCUUUCCUUACCAAGGAGCAGAAGGCUGAGCUGCUUCGUAUCUGCUCUGCUGAUGAUGUGGAGUGUUUGCAGUACCAUCUCAAAGCUGCCUAUGGCUAUCAACCCUCUGCUGGCUCCGCCCCUUCAUAUGCCCACCUGGGCUGUGAUCCCAAGAAAGACCCUGCCUGCAAACCCAAACAAGUGCAAAAAGCUCCUUCUGGUCUCCACCUACAGUACCCCAACUGUGAUCCAUACCGAGAUCCUUACUGCACCUACGCUGCUUCCUUUAUGACUCCCCGUGCUCCCAGCCUCCCUGUCCCUGCUGGUCCAGGCUCCUGCAACCCUCUCUAUGAAGACGACUGCAACCCUCUGACUGCCACCAGAUUUGCCUCGCCACCAGACGAGUACCGAAAUGAUGAAAGAGAUGAAGCUGCAUCUAUCCGUGCAGCUCAUCCUGCCGUGGAACAGAGGGACCCUUAUGCCAUGUUUAGGGAUGCUUAUUCUAAUGCUAACAGAGUCCCUGAUCCCUAUGCAAUGUACCGUCAGCCUCCAACCCCAGGGUCUCCUCCGUCUGCUGAUCCAUACAACAUUCUGCGCCAGUUUAUGUCCCAAGCUCAGGAUAACGACCCAUAUGCACCACGCAUGCCUGCUCCUGAGUCCAAUGCUAAUGAUCCUUUCUCUGCCAUUCGUGAUGCCAUGAAUCGUCAUCACCCUUCCACAUCCAGGCAGCAGUAUCCCUUUUCCAAUCCAAGCUAUGAAGGAUCACCCCAGGAGGAGAGACACCCUCUGGGUCCUCCAGGUAAAACUAAGGAGGGUUAUGACUGCUUCAUUGGCUAUGACCGUGAAUGCUACCCCGUGAAACCCAGCCAACCUCGAUCUGGUGCUCAUCGCCGCAUUCCCUACCCUGCCGAGGCCUAUGAGCCCCACCUAAAUGCUGAUGGUACCCGCAACGGUGUCCUGGAGCCGUCUAACCCUCAUUGCGACCCCGAGUAUGACCGUGACUGCCGCCUGCGUCGCCACGAGUCAGAGCAAGCUCAAGUAGAGACCCACCCCGAGCAUCAUGCCGAGGAAGACCACACACAGGGUGCUGGAGAAGGUGAACAGCAGGAACAGGAGCCCUACCAGAGUGGCCAGGAGGAGCCUCAUAUGUCUUACCAGCCUCACUCGCCAGGGAUGCCCAGCCUCCAGGACAUCCUCAGACUUUAUGGAGAUCGCUACCCUGAGCAGGAUGAUCACAGAGCUUACGCAGAUGACUACCGCAAAAAGUAAUCAUGCGCAUGCAUGUCAUUGGACACAAUACACCAUCCCAAUCAUUUUCUGUAGCCCAGUUUUUGAAUGCCUCAUGCAAAAAGCAUCCAGAUGUGACUGGUCAGGAAAUGGGACACAUGAAAUCUAUGAACCUAAAGAGCAAGAACAUGAAC